CGUGGAGAUGGGCUUAGGCUCGAACACACUAAUAAGUAUUCACCCCUUGUUGCUCUGUGUGUGCAUGUAGACAGAGAGAGAUAUAUAUAUAUAUAUAUACAUAUAGAGGGUUCUAGAAGGUGCUGGAGAGUUCUAGAAGGGUGUAGAGAUCGGGGGAGAGAUGGGAGCAGCGGAGGAGGAGGGGGCGGUGGUGGUGACGGGGGCGUCCGGGUACGUCGGGACGUGGCUCGUCGUGAAGCUGCUGCAGGCCGGCUACACCGCGCAGCACCGGUCCGAGACCCCCUCGAACAUUGUGAAGACAAAGCCGUUGCUGGAUCUGCCAGGGGCCGGCGAUCGUCUGAGCAUCUGGAAGGCCGACCUGCAGGACGAGGGGAGCUUCGUCGACGCCAUCAGGGGUUGCACCGGCGUCUUCCACGUGGCAACCCCCAUGGAUUUCGAAUCCAAAGACCCAGAGAAUGAGGUGAUCAAGCCCACAAUAAAUGGACUCCUGGGCAUUCUCAGAUCAUGCAAGGAGGCCGGCACCGUGCGGCGCGUCGUGUUCACGUCGUCGGCUGGGACGGUGAACGUCGAAGAGCACCAACGGUCAGAGUACGACGAGAACUGCUGGAGCGACAUCGACUUCUGCCGCCGCGUCAAGAUGACUGGAUGGAUGUACUUUGUGUCAAAAACCCUGGCUGAGAAAGCUGCAUGGGAGUAUGCAGAGGAGAAUGGGAUUGACCUGAUCAGCAUCAUCCCACCUCUUGUUGUUGGGCCCUUCCUCACCUCAUGCAUGCCACCAAGCAUGAUCACUGCAUUAUCACUCAUCACAGGAAACGAAGCACAUUUCUCAAUCUUAAAGCAGUUUCAGUUGGUUCACUUAGACGAUCUAUGUGAUGCCCACAUCUUCCUCUUCGAGCACCCGGACGCCACCGGAAGAUACAUUUGCUCUUCUCACGACGCUACCAUUUACGAUCUCGCGAAGAUGCUCAGAGCGCGGUAUCCUGAAUACGACGUCCCCGAAAAGUUCGAAGGGAUCGACGAGGGCAUAAAACGAGUACACUUCUCGUCGAAGAAGCUGAUCGAUCUCGGGUUCGAGUUCAAGUACACAGCUGAGGACAUGUAUGAUGCAGCAAUUCAGACCUGCAGGGAGAAGAAGCUGAUACCGAUGACGACGAAGUCUGUGAAGAGCUGCGCAGCUGCUGACGGAGAGAAGGUUAAUGCAUGUCUGGACAGCGUGAAACCGAUAGUUACGGAAUAAUUGUGUCAGUGAAUAAGCAUGAUAGGUUCGAGCUUGUGAUCGUGCAAAUGAUGUGGUGGUGUUGAGUCGAUUACUGGGAUUGAGUUCUCUUAUUUGAUUAAUAAAGCUUACUCGAGACAGCAGUUGUGGUUGAUUCUGUUA